AACGAAGCGCAAAAAUAAUAAUAAGAAAACAAAAUGUUUAUACUAACCGGCAUUUGCUUAGGUCUGGGCAUAUUCGUGGCCCUCCUUAGCCUGGCCAUUCUCAUCCUGAGCCGUAAACCUCCAUUGAUCUUUGGCAAAUAUCCGCGUAAAGGACUCUUCUACCGUGUCAAAUUCGGCAUUGCCCUGUUGCUCUUGAAACGUCUGCGUUAUCGUAUCUAUCGACGAAAUGAAGAGGUUCUUAGUUCACCCGAGCAUUUGGCAAAAAUGGAUCGUCCCCAGCCGCUGACAAAUGAUCCGAAAAGCUAUGAUGUGGUUAGCUUUAUGGCUGCCAAUGCGAAAGGAGAGAAACUAAUGGUCACCCUAGAGCGUCGUCGUCGUGGUGUUUUGAAAGCUGCUCUAUAUUUGUGGCUACCAGAGGGGGGCCUUUACAGUUUACCCAAACUGCCGGACAUGGUAUACUUUACCACCGAUGACGGCAUCGAGGAUGGCACCGAAUUUCGCGGCGGUGGUUUCCACAUAUAUCCAGAGGAAUCUAUGCGUACAUGGCGCUUAAAAUACGACGGACCAUUGCGACGACGUGAACACGAGGAUCUCGUUUCCGUUAGCCUGGACUUGCGUUUCACUAGUUCUUCGGCUCACUUUGACUACAAUAGGGAUCUCAGCUCAUCGCUAAUAGCGGACUCGAUUGCCCGCGAGGCCUGGAACGAGAGUUUCUAUGGCAUGCUCAAGAGUGUUGGACACAUUGUGGAGAAGCGUAUGCAUUAUGAACAGAAUGGGUUAUUGGCCGGUUCCAUAGUGCUGGGAGAUCGAUACCUAAAGUUCAAUUCACAUGGUUUUCGUGAUCAUAGUUUUGGUACGGAGCGCUGUCUUAGCUCGAUCAAUCGUUAUGUCUACUUUGCUCUAUUCCUCGAUGAUGGCUCCAGCAUGGUUGUUGGUAAUCUCAGUCAACCAUCCUUCUUCCUGUCAUCACUUAAAGUGGGCUAUGUCUGUACACCGGAUGGCAUCUACAAACCCAUAACAAGCACCAAUUUCGAAUUGUAUUCGUAUGGUGAAAAGGGAAUACCGCCAAAGCAUCAGAAUUUCCUGGUGAAUACCGCAGAUAGGUCAUACCUGGUGCAAAUACGUGUCGAGGACUCUGCCCUACGUUAUGUCGGUGGCGAUUGGGAAUCAAAGGUCCACAAUCAGUUUGUUUCGUGCACUGUGAAUGGCAUUAAUGGUCAGGGACAUGCCGAAUAUCUCUACAGACACGAAGGUGGCAGACCCGAAGAGGUUGGUGCCCAGGAUCCACAAUGGUAUCAACGCAUCAAACGCUAUGAGCGUAGUUUGAGCAACAUGGAGCAUAUAGAUGAAGGGGACUUUAUUUUCUAGACAAUAACAAAAGUUUGUGAUAUAUGUAUAUUCUUCUGUUUUUUUUUUUUUUGUUUGUGUCUAAGCUAUUCUAUACUAAAAAGUCUGUUUGUAGAUUAAGGUGAAUUUAUGUAUUUCGUAAAAUAAA